UUCCACGUAAUUGAAAUGCCUACGAGUGACUGUCAGUGUCAUGGCCGACAGUUGAGAGAAAUAAUCAAGAUGGGCAAAAUAGAUUUAGGAUAUAUUUUGCUGUCACUGGUGUUGAUCCUGACGACCUGUCCCCAAGCUGAGGCACGGAAGCACAAGCUAGAAAUAAGGGGUGAUGAAAGACGAUACUUUCCCAUCACCACCUUUGGCUUCUACUGUGAUGGCUACCUUGACGUUGAAGUUCUCAAGUUUAAGAUAACACCAAAAGAUGCCGAUAAGGAGUUUGGGUUCAUCCUGGAGAAGAUAGCCAACCCCUAUGCUGAGAACCGACCGGACAGAUGCCAACUGCAGGAUUUCCGGCUCAAUGACACCUUAGUGCAACAUGUCUUCUUCAUAUUUGAUCUGAAAAAUAGCCAGGUUUACCUCAAGUGUAGUGAGGACAUGAAGGACCUCCAGGUGUUGAAGGGCAAGGAGAAGCUGAGAGAAAUAAAGAGUGCCGAGCACCUGAAGAAAUUGAAAGAUAGUAAUCUCUUCCCAUCACACGUGCAGAAGAGAACUAUGUGGUCCAGGAAGAAGAGGGAGGGCAUAGACACCCUACAAGGAACCCCAGACCUGACCACUACCACUGUCAAAGUACCAUCUGAUGACACCAACAGCCAGAAGUGCAACGAUGUUAAAAUUAACAUGACCAAAGAGGAUGAUUACUACAGCUUUAAGUUCUUGGUGUAUGUGUCCAAUGAGAAGGAGGAGGGCCUAUACAACCUCAACUUCCACAACUGUAUGAAUUUUGAGCCAAGCGGAGAACACUCAACCAUUGACAUGUUCAUGCAGAUUGAGGAAAAGAAUCCAGAUGAAAACUAUCUGUCAGCAGGAGAGAUGCCCCUGCCAGCACUCUACUUCAUGAUGGCUCUUCUGUUCUUCCUAUCAGCCUGUUUCUGGUUCUUCCUCCUCAAGAAGAGCAAAGAUCCUGUCUUUAAGAUCCAUUACUUGAUGGGAGUGUUGGUGGUGAUCAAGUCCUUCAGCUUAUUGUUCCACGGAGUGAACUACCACUUCAUCCAGACUCAGGGUGUCCACAUGGAGGCCUGGGCUGUCAUGUAUUACAUCAUGCAUCUAUUGAAAGGUGCACUGCUCUUCACUGUGCUGGCUCUCAUUGGUUCAGGAUGGGCCUUCGUAAAGCACGUUCUCUCCAGCAAAGAAAGGAAGAUCUUCAUGAUCAUCAUUCCUCUGCAGAUCAUUGCCAACGUUGCCACAAUUAUCGUGGAAGAAACUGAAGAGGCCAGCCAAGACCACGCCAUGGCGGUCGUUCUUCUCUUCUCGAUAGAUUUCCUCUGCUGUGGGGCCAUUCUUCUGCCUGUUGUCUGGUCUAUCCGUCACCUGCAGGACGCCUCCCAGACAGAUGGCAAGGCCGCCAUGAACCUGAGGAAACUGAAGCUGUUCCGGCACUUUUACAUCAUGAUCGUCUGCUACAUCUACUUCACCCGCAUCAUUGUCUACCUCUUGAGGAUUAGUGUGCCAUUCCAGUACAAGUGGCUUAAUGACAUGUGCCGUGAGAUGGCCACCUAUGUCUUCUUCGUCAUGACGGGAUACAAGUUCCGACCCGCCAAUAACAACCCGUACUUCCGAGUGUAUGACGAGGAUGAAGAGGUUGACGAGGUCUUGACCACCACCGGCCUUACUGAGGGCAUAACCCACGUGAACCAGCACAACAAGAAGUCCAAUAAAGAUCAUCUGGAGGUGGAGGUGUUUGAAGAUGACGAGGAAGUGAACCUCCUCAACACCCAGGAGUCGUCACACGCCUUUGACUGAGAGUGAAUCCAAGGCUGAGCAAAUUAUUUAGAACAUAUAUAUAAAAAAAAAACUCUUCUCUAGAUUGACUAAAGUAUUACACCAGCCAUCAUUGUCACAUUAAAUUUUGGUCUACAGAUUUUAUGUAAUUGCCAACAUGUGUAUUUAUAAAUCCGUAAUAUUUCAGUCCCAAUUAUCACACUUUAUUUCCCUGGACUUGAAUAUUAUUAUGGCUUAAAUAACAAGUAUAGAAAUAACAUGAUAAUUACAGAAUCUGACACUAUUAUACCGAUAAUUUUCAUAUUUGAUAUUCACUUGUUAAUCUCAAACUUAAACUUCUUUCAACAAGAAGUUUAUUACACUUGAUAUAGACAGAUAUAGCAGCUCAGACACAGUAAAGUCAAGUCCAAUGAUAUAAUAGUAAUUCUGUAAUCAUGUGAUGACUGGAAUAUAUUUCAGAAUGGCAGUACCCUGUGUGUACCUGGUUGGCCAUUGAUAGUGUGUCAAGUAAAGUUAUUUAUACAGUUGGCUAUUUCUGUUUUCUGAGACCAAUGAAGAGUUUUAGGUAUUAGAAAUAAUAGUCAGAUAAUGUCAAGAGGGACAACAGGUUAUUAUAUAAUACAACAAUACUUUGACGGAUUGUGGAUGUGGUGUGAGACGAGAUUAGUCGAUAACUUGUACGAGUACACGGGUGAUGAAAUAUACAAUGACAGACUCACUGGUGUUACUCAGACCUGAUGAGAAACUUGUACAGUAUAUAAUUUAGUGUACUUGACUCACUCACUCCCAUGCCCAGGAUUUAACCUCAUGUGUGAUGGGUAUUUAUGUAUCUCGGCCUAGUUGCCUCCAUUGAACCUUCAGUAAAUAUAUGUAACGAGAAAUGUCUACUCAUAUUGCUCUUCUGGGCAAAAUAUAACCAAGAUAUUCUCUACAACAUUGACAGGGUAGUUGGAGAAUUGUGCUAAAUGCUUUUAAAUUCAUAUAAAUUCAUCACUUAAUUUUGUGAGUUGCAUAUACUGAAGGGAAAGACUGUACAACAGUUUCAGGUGUGGGAAAACUGUAGUACUGUACAUAAUACAGCUGAAUAUAAUACAAUGAUUACAUCCUUAAUUGUAUUCUUUAUUUAAUUGUAGUAUAUUUAGUGGAAGGAAGCUUUUGUUUUGGUCUUUUGACUGGAAGUCCCUUUGAAUGAAUAUGAUGUACAGUGCCUCUUGCUUACAUCAUGUGAAGAAACUUAUCUAUUACAAUAAACCUGGUCUUAUACGUCUUUCCUCUCUCUAUCUCUUUCUCUCAUGAUUUUAUUAUACUAGUGGCUACACACUUGUCUGGGUUUGGCUUUUAAUAUAUUGUGUUGAAGGGUCAGGUACAGUCAGACCUCAGAUAUCCUGAAUGCGUGGGGAAAAUAAUUGACUGCCGGAUAAUCUUUUUCCAGAUGUUUGAGAGUUACUCUUAUAAAUAUCCAUCUCAAACUCAUAAACAUUGUCAUAUUAAAUAUUAUAAAAGAAUAAAGGGACAAAGUAAAUAUAUUAUAAAAUUAAUAAAAGGACUUAGUAAAUAUAUUCUUCCAUGAACACAUGACGAAUCUCGCCUUUGUCCAGCCUCGUACAUAUACUGUCUCCAUCUUCUGCUUUAGAGUAAGACAAUGUGUUUGUGCUUAGCUGCAGCUCCUGUCUUAGGCAUGCUGGAUGGAUGAGGCGAUGAUAGCGGUUACACCGGCACAAACAUUCAAGCAAGCAGAAGUGGGUUUGGCCAAUAUAGAGGACACACAUAGCACCUCAAGUGGCCAGAAUUUGAACCAUGGGCAAAGCAGCACCAAAUUCAAACCAAUAUUCUUAGUUUUUUAAUGUGAUUAAGACAUUACUUAUUGGAAAUUAACCCCGCCAAAAAAAUGCUGGUUGCUUGAGAGUCCCAGAUGGUUAAAUGUCGGAUAUGUGAGGUUAAACUGUAUGUUCCAACUGUACCCCCAAAAAUGAAAGACUUACAAGGCCAUUUUAAUGGGAUCAUGCUUGCACAAUGAACCACAGCUUGUUUUGUAGCAUAGAUUACAAACCCAAGUUUGUUUAUUAGCUUAAGUUAAAUCUGGUUGGUUUGUCUAUGGUCAUGAAUAAUUGUUCUACGUAUACACUGGCUGCUGCUCACACUCAACCAUCUAGCAAAAGUAAAUUGAGAGUUGGAUUAGGGUUGGGUCACCAGUCUUAUUGCACAGUCAAUUACUAAAGUACAUUUGUCUCUCCCCUGAACCACAAACCCCAAGAUUCAGACUCAUGAAUCCGAAGCAUUUAUGGACAGUAAUGUAAUAGUCGUCUACUGCUUUGGGUUCAUGAGUCGGAAUCUCCGUGUUCAGGAGGAGAAGCAAACGGACUUCAGUAGUUGACUGGACUGUAAUGCUUUAUUUGUGUUUCAUCUGGUUGUGGUGAACUGCUGCUUCUCUGAUAUAUUAAUCAUGAGAUAGAUGUUAGUGUGUUAAGAUGAAGUGGCAAAGGAAGGUGAACUUGAUGGUACAGUAAUGGACUGACCUACACAGACUGGAGUGUAGUAUGGCUUCUCUUAUUUGAAAUUAUAUCUUUUGUAUAAAAUUUCUAUUGAUUAAUUAUUUUCCAUUCCAUGAUUUAUCAUCCAUUUGUAGAUAAUUUUAUUGAACUACGAGUACUCUACAUAUUAUGUUUUUGCCAAAGAAAAAAAAUGACAUUUAUUUUUUGUUUUAUGCUUUGACCCUCAGUGUAGGACAGAAGGGUCACUUGACAAUACUGUACUGGGUGUUUUGGAAAAAUGUAUACACACUGCAUUACAGAUUUUCAUGUGGAGGUCUCGUGAAUAUUUAUAUUACAUGAGCAACAUCGUCCUCACUUGUUGAUGUGCGAGGUCCCCCACAAUGUACAGCACUGGGAGUCCUCACACAUCACCAACUAAGGACAAUGUUAGUGUUGUAAAUACUGUAUAAACAUUUGCACAAUUACUAUAAAAAUAUCUUCAAGGCAAUGUGUAUACAAUUUUGUCAGACGCCCUGCAUAGUGGAGCUGGCUGCAGCGAAUGUAGAUAAAUAAAGAAUUUAACCUUAAAUUGAAGUUGUUGCAUGAUAUUAUGGGAAAUUAUUGUAAAUUUGAACAUUUUCAGGGAUUAAAUGGAAACUUUUACCAGUUUAAAAUCUA